AUGGCCGGUGUGUUAUUUGUGGCUUGUAUUCCAACGAAAGAAUACGAACGUGAAUUAAAUCCAUCAUUGAACGGUGAAAAAAAAUCUAAAAAUAAAAGAAAUGUUACGAUAGCACAAAAAAACGAUUUCGAUACGAGCCAUGAUGCCGAACAAGUUAGUUUGCUUGCCGACAGCGUCGAUUCGUCGGAUUCUGAUGAAACAAUGUCUCUGUCACAGGAACAAUGUUCGAUAAUAACGGAAAAAAGUAAAAUAUGCAUAACACCCAAAAAAGGUUGUUUGGAUCAAUCGAAAGAAUCGUCACAAUCUAAAAAUGAUGAAAGUGGAGGAAAGGAUAAGAGAAAAGUGUCGAGACUUGAAAUAUUACCGGAUACUAGCAUGGAAGAAAUAGUAAUUCGAUUAUUGAAAUCUUUGAAAAUAGAAAAUUAUUCUUGGGUUUCGGCAAAAAAUGAAAAAUAUAUUCACGUUAUUUUUUCCGUGGCAGAAGGUCAACCUUGCGAAGAAGCUCUUCAUAUAUUUACAAAAUGGGGUAUAGGAAAUAGAUUCAGAUCGACACUUGGAAUAAUUCCGUGUGCUUUGUAUUACAUGUCGGAUGAUUUUCGAAGUUCAGACGAUGAAGAAACUGCAAAAAAAGAUUCUAGAAAAUCUGGAUGGAACGAAUUUGUUUUGUCCGUUGUGAGAUCUCGUUUAGCAGUGGCACAAGUUGUAGAAAGUGUUAAAGGAAGUGCAAAACUUACUUUUGAUUUUGUUUCGAUGAUAAUUUUGGCCGGAACCAUAGCUGCAAUAGGAUUGGUCGAAGAUAGUACCGUAGCAAUUGUCGCGAGUAUGUUAAUUUCUCCUCUUAUGGGCCCGAUAUUAGCUGGAACAUUUGGAACCGUAAUAAAUGACCGGAAACUUCAGUUAAUGGGUGUGAGAAACGAACUAUUUGGACUCUCUUUAACUAUUCUUGUGGGUUAUAUUAUCGGGUUAAUUAUUGGUAGCGUUGACGGUUAUUACGUUGGAGAUCAAUGGCCCACACAAGAAAUGAUGUCGAGAGGUUUGCUUCGCUCCCUUUGGAUCGGUAUUUUUAUAGCUCUUCCUUCGGGAGCGGGUAUCGCUUUAGGACUUUUGGGCGAUAAUUCAGGAUCCUUAAUUGGCGUGGCCAUAUCUGCGUCUCUUUUACCUCCAGCUGUAAACGCAGGUCUUUUAUGGGCGUUGGCAACGUUAGAAAUAAUAAAAGGUGGUGUCAGAACAGAAGAACAAAUGAAAAUUUUAGCAAAUAAAAUUUAUUCAAAUCAUCUUCCGUCAAAAUAUGCAUUGUUGGGUUGUGUCAGUCUCAGUUUGACGCUCGUUAACAUUUUUUGCAUUUUUUUAGCGGGAAUAGUUGUUUUAAAGAUCAAAGAAGUAGCUCCGAAAACUGUCACUGAUGAAGCUCAACAAUUUUGGUAUCACGACAUUAAAGUGGCAAGAGAUUAUAAUAGGUCUUUCGGCAGAGGAGGACAAUUAGCACAAGAACUUGCUGCCGUUUAUUCUGGAGAAGACGAGACAACAACUUCUCCAAAUGAAGAAAUGAAUGAAUUCAGACGAAGACUCAGUAGUUUAUAUCAUUUUUCUCCAGAUACAGCUCGAAGAAUAUCGAUUGGUCCAAGACGUUUGAGUCAAGCAACUUGGUCUCCAAGUCCGAGUACUUUGGAAAAUUCACGAAGGUCUUCUUUAAGAGACUUAGAAAAAUUAUAUGCUUCACUAGGAGGACCUGAACAUCCGCGUUUAUCUCUAGGAACGGCAUUUAAAGUUGUAAGGAAACCGGAGGAAAGCUCGGGACUUUCUCCAAUUGUUGAAUCAAAUGGAGAUUUGGAUAUUGCUUUAAGUGACGGUCGUAGGUCGUCAUUUUUCCCAAGAAGAAAUCCGAGAUCAAGAUUUACCGUUAUUCCUAGUGCUAGUGAUCCUCUACGAAAUAAAUGCUAG